CUGGUUGCCACCCGCCGAAAAACCAAAGAAGAAGAAGAAGCCAUGCAGCGGAAGUAAACAGUACAGGCACUGUUGUCGUUAGCUCAACUCUCUGGAUGUAUGAAACUAGCCUGAGAAGAUAUUAUAGUCGUUGAGUGGAUGAAUAUUUGACUUAUAGUUUUGCAACAAUGUCUUCAGUUGAGUGUUUGAGAGAGUUUGUGAACGAGCGACUAACUGCUGCUGCUGAAGAAAUAUUCAGAGUUUUUCAGAAAGCUGUCAUCGAGUACGAGGCAGAGAUCGACCGUCAGCGCAGGCUGCUGGAUAUCGUUUGGAAGCCCGAAAUAAAGUUACACAGGAUAGAGCUCCCACAGCAACAUGUCUGUAAGGAGGAGGAGGUUCUCUCUGACCAGCAGCUCUGUAUUCAGGAGAGGAACUCCAGUCUGGACCAAGAGGACCCAAAGCCUCCACAGAUUAAAGAGGAGCAGGAGGAACUCUGCACCAGUCAGGAGGGAGAGCAGCUUGUACUGAAGCAGGAGACUGAUACCUUUAUGUUGACUCCUACUGCUGAGGAAAGUGACCACCAGCUCCUCUCUCAAAACUCUCAUGUAGCUGAGAGCCAAGAUCAGAAAGGAGGCAAGCAUGGAGACUCAGGCUCAACUAAUGCAGAGCCAAAUCUACAGAAUCUACAUCCUGAAAGCAUAAGUCACAGUAACAAUGUCGACAACCCUAACCUGUCAGAGAUGCACUGUGAUACUCACACAGGUAAACAGCCUUUAAAAUGUGACACGUGUGGAAAAUACUUUAAGUAUAAUUCAUUACUGAAGAUACAUCUGAGAAUCCACACAGGGGAGAAGCCGUUUGCAUGCAAAACAUGUGGGAAAGCUUUCAGGAUUCAUAGUAUCUUGAAAAACCACUUGGUAAUCCACACAGGUGAGAAGCCAAUUUCAUGCAAAACAUGUGGGAAAGCUUUUAAAAGGCGUGGUAUGUUGACAUCCCACAUGACAAUCCACACAGGUGAGAAGCCGUUUGCAUGCAAAACAUGUGGGAGAGCUUUCAGAAAAUAUAGUUACUUGGUAUGCCACAUGAGAACCCACACAGGUGAGAAGCCAUAUUCUUGUAAAACAUGUGGGAAAUGUUUCCGAUAUAAUGGUGACUUGACAGUCCACAUAAGAACCCACACAGGGGAGAAGCCGUUUAUAUGCAAAACAUGUGGGAAAGUUUACAGCACCAAUGCUCACUUGGUAAGCCACAUGAGAACCCACACAGGGGAGAAGCCAUAUUCUUGCAAAACAUGUGGGAAAGGAUUCACUCAGAAAUCAUCAUGGAAGACUCAUAUAAAAAUCCACACAGAUGAGAAGCCGUUUAUAUGCAAAACAUGUGGGAGAGCUUUUAGAAGGCGUAGUGUCUUGAAAGACCACAUGACAAUCCACACAGGUGAGAAGCCGUUUACAUGCAAAACAUGUGGGAAAGCUUUCAGACAACAUAGUCCCUUAGUAUGCCACAUGAGAACCCACACAGGUGAAAAGCCAUAUUCUUGUAAAACAUGUGAAAAAAAAUUCCAAUAUAAUAGUUACUUGACAGCCCACAUGAGAAUCCACACAGGUGAGAAGCUGUUUACAUGCAAAACAUGAGCUUUCGGAUCUGGUAGUACCUUGAAAAGCCACAUGAAAACGCACACGGCGAAAGCUGCAUCACUGCAGCACAGAGGUUCCAAAGAUUAAAGAGUAACAGGAGGAACGCUGCACAAGUCAGGAACAUUUGUAAAUGGAUUGUUCAUUAAUUGUGAAUGUUUUCAGAAUGCAUUUGUAAUUCUUUACACUAAAAGAAAGGGAAACUGAUGGAAAAAUACUGAGUGCUCAACCACAUCAGAGAACAAGUACCAGACACAGGUGCCUAUUUAGAGAGGAAACCAAGGACACUGAACUGUAAAAGCAUAAUGAUUCUGAUAUUGAAAAUCCUAAAGAAGUGACAUCGUGAUGAAGGAGCUGAGCAAUGCAAGCUGGAUAAAGAACUUUUAUUUUAUAUUAUUUUCAUUUACUAGAUGUGAUGUAUUGGUGUAUUUUUAACUUUACCAUUAAUUGAUAUACUUAGUAUAAACAGGAGGGUUAUGAUGGAAAGAUACUGAGUGUUCAACCACAGCAGAGGACAAGUACCAGACACGGGUGCGAACUGCACUUCGCUCUAGUGUGAUAACCAUCUGUCUCUCCUGUAAACAACCAUCUGUAUAAACAAGAGGCACUGACCUAAACUAGUUCCUUGCUUUUAACUGUAUAAAUAUCACUCCUCUGAGCAAGCAUAGCAGCCUUACAACCUGCGUGUGAGUUUGAAUAUCUUUGUAAGAUAACUCUGUUCUGUCUCGCAAGAAUAUUGAAUUAAACUCUUAUUUGAUUUUGA